AAAAUAGCCAGGGAACCAACCCAAUAGGAGGCUUGUCCACUGAGAAGGAGAGAGGGAGGGAGAGGAAGAGAGAAGAGGAAGAGAGAGAACAAUGAAGGCAGGUGUGGGACUCUACUCUGCCCUGGUGCUCUGUCUCCUGAUGGGGGCAGUGUUCUCCCAGAGACCACGACCUAAGAAACCUCCUAAGCCUCCUAAGGCCACCAAGCGCCCCUCCUUCAAGCCUGACCCGCCACCUGAUGAACUGGAACCCCAGGAGCCCACAGACUUCCCCCCUCCCAUCCUUGGCCCCCCCUCCAUGUUCCCUGACUGUCCCCGUGAGUGUUUCUGCCCCCCCUCCUUCCCCAACGCCCUCUAUUGUGAGAACCGGAACCUCCGUACAGUCCCAGUGAUCCCGUCGAGAGUCCACUACCUUUACCUGCAGAACAACUACAUCUCUGUGGUAACAGCGGAACCCUUCAACAACGCCACCGAGCUGCGAUGGGUUGACAUGGCCAACAACCGCAUAAAAAAAGUGGACAAGCAGGUGUUUGAGAAGGUACCCGGUCUGCUGUUUCUCUACAUGGAUAGGAACCAGUUGAAGGAGGUUCCUCAUGACCUGCCAGCUGGGUUGGAGCAGCUCAGACUCAGCCACAACCAGAUCUCCAAGAUCCCCUCUGGAGCUUUCGGCAAGAUGGAGCACCUCGCUCUGCUUGACCUGCACCACAACAAGUUGAGUGACAGUGACAUGGGGAAGAACACUUUUAAAGACCUGAAGAACCUGGUUCAGCUGAACUUGGCCCACAACAUCCUGAAGAAGAUGCCAGCUAACAUCCCCAACGGCAUCACACAACUAUUCCUGGACAGGAACAACAUCGACGACAUCCCUAAGGACUACUUCCAAGGCUUCUCCAACCUGGCGUUUGUGAGGCUCAACUACAACCAGCUAAGUGAUAAGGGAGUACCUAAGGCUGUGUUCAACGUUUCCACCCUGCUAGAUCUUCACCUGGCCCACAACCAGCUCACCUCCGUCCCCCUGUUCAACCCCCAGCUGGAGCACCUGCAUCUCAACCACAACAGCAUUGAGAGUAUUAACGGGACCCAGCUGUGUCCGUUCAGUCUGUCCUCUGAGAGUCUGACUGAUGAGGCUCUUAUGCCCAGACUCAGGUACCUGCGUCUGGAUGGGAACCAUCUGAGUCCUCCUGUCCCUCUGGACAUCAUCAUGUGUUUCAGACACCUCAAGUCUAUCGUCAUCUAGAGUCAGGCCUGGACUUAGUACACACACACACACACACGCACACACACACACACACACACACACACACACACACACACACACACAGUCAGCAAAUGGCAGCAAACGCAUGCAGAUGCACGCAAGGCCACACACAGACACGCAAACACGCUGAAUUGGACACAAACAGACAUGCGUGCACAAAGGCAGUCACACGCACAUGCACAACAACACACGCACACACACAACCACAUAACACACACACUAGUAUUUUAGAUGGGUGAAAUGGUGCCAGAUAACCUGAGUAAAAUGCUAACUGUAUGGCUUUGACAACUUCAGGAAUAUUUCACAGCUGAAAGAUUUUAAAGCGUCAAUACAAAUAUUUAUAAAACUACGUCUUUGGAGCAUGGAUGUAUCUGCAGUUACAGUAAGAUAGGAGUUGUUUUAUCUGUAAGUUGUGUUUAUAAUAUUAAGGCAGUAUAAGUACCAUAGAAUAAUGGAACAAGUGGCGGAUGAAAAAUAAAGGUACAUUGACUGACAUGCUACAAAUAUAGUGUAGUUACGAUUAGGGUAUGAUUACUCUUUGCACAUUAUGAAUGUACUGUAACACCACAUCUGGGGUAGGAGAGGAGCAUAACAAUGGCCAAUACACAGGUAAGGCAUUUGGUGAAUGAAAAACAGGUUAAAAACGUGACUACCAUGUAGUUUAAAAUGUCCUCGGUGUAUCUGUGUUUUUGAGGUACUUUGUAUAAAAGUAAUUGUAUCCCUGUUUGUUUUGUAUAAAGCAGUUCUGUACAAAUAAAAUAAAUAAAAUGCGCUCUUGGGCUAAUCAUG